CGUUCUUAUUUUACUCUCUUCCGUCUUAAAAAGCACAACUCGCUGUAACCUCAUUCUGAUAUUACUAUUUUUCGUUUCGAAGUCCCAGCUGCAUAAAUAGUCAGUUUAGUCGAGAUGCGUGCACUGAUUGCAUUGUUACUAUUGAUAACUGCUUGGGAAUAUAGUUUAUCAGAUCCAGCACCCCGUUCCUAUGAAAACUAUUCGGUGUACAAGGUUUUCAUUGAAAGUCGAUCGGAUCAACGGGUUAUCGAUCGACUGCUGAAGGACCCGGAUAAUUAUUACUUGUGGCAUCGUGGCGCAGAAGUGCUCCACAUUAUGGUGAGCCCUAUGAAAAAAGAUUCUUUCCUAGCUAUAAUGCGUAAGAAAAAUAUUGUUGCGAAAGUAAUAAUAGAAAAUGUGCAGACACUUAUUAAUGAGACCUGAGGUAAAACCAUUAAAAAAAUAAAUUAUUUUGGUGACAGAUUAUUACAGUUGAAUUGGUAUUAUUAACUUCAAAAUCUUUCUAUUUAAGUGAUUUUAAACUUUACAGUAAUAUUUAUCAUACACACGAAUUGAGGAACCAGAAUUAAAAGCUAAAAUUUAAAUGAUGCAGCCGAAUGGUAUGCUUCACAUCUAAGAUUUGAAAAACUAACAAAAUUAUAUUAUGUAUACCCUUGGGCUCUACCAUUUGUUUGAAUACAUUGAAGACAUACAUAUGUGGUCAUAAAGAA